GAGGCGGGCGGACGGGGCGCAGCGCCUGGAGGGGGCGGGGCCGGGUCGGGCUUCGCGGUCUGCGGGCCAGCAGGGAGGGCGCCUUUGGCUUCCCCACCGGCCAUGGAGCGGCUGACGUUGCCUCCCCGCGGCGCGGCGGCAGUGGACGAGUACUUGGAGUAUAGGAGAAUUGUUGGUGAGGAUGAUGGAGGGAAACUUUUUACUCCUGAAGAAUAUGAAGAAUACAAAAGAAAAGUUUUACCUCUGCGCUUACAAAACAGAUUAUUUGUGAGCUGGCGGUCACCAACAGGGAUGGAUUGUAAACUUGUGGGCCCAGAGACACUGUGCUUUUGUACACAUAGGUAUAAACAACAUAAAACUGACUUGGAAACGAUUCCUCAGCAGCGCCCCAUUGAUUUGCCCUGCCGAGUGACUGGCUGCCAGUGCAGGGCUUACCUUUAUGUCCCCUUGAAUGGCAGCCAGCCCAUUCGCUGCAGGUGCAAACACUUUGCUGAUCAGCACAGUGCUGCGCCUGGCUUUAUGUGCAAUAUAUGUUCCAAGUGUUCAGGAUUCCAUAGCUGCUUCACUUGUGCUUGUGGUCAGCCUGCAUAUGCCCAUGACACAGUAGUGGAAACUAAGCAAGAAAGAUUGGCUCAGGGAAAACCAGUGGGACAGGAUGUUCCUUAUGCAGCCAUGGGAGGAUUAACUGGUUUCAGCUCACUGGCGGAAGGCUACAUGCGGUUAGAUGACAGUGGGAUUGGUGCACCUUCAGUUGAAUUUUUAGAAUCUCCCAUUACGGCAGUAGACAACCCAUUCCUAAAAGCGUUUCAAGCAUCAUCUAGUUCUUCUCCAGAGACAUUAACAGAUGUAGGUACAAGUAGUCAAGUUUCUUCAUUAAGGAGACCUGAAGAGGAUGAUAUGGCUUUCUUUGAGAGACGAUACCAGGAAAGGAUGAAAAUGGAAAAGGCUGCUAAGUGGAAAGGAAAAGCUCCAUUGCCAUCAGCUACAAAACCUUCAUGAAGACUAUUGGAUAAAUUAAAACCAUCAUCCAAGUAUCUUUUUCAUGUUUAUUUAAAUGUAAUAAUACAGUUUAUUUUUCCUGAAAUGAUUUACUUUUUUUUUUUUUUUUUUUUUACUGUAUAAAUGUCUUUUGGGAUGUUUCCUUAAUUUAUUUAAAUAACUAAAAAUGCCUAUUACUUUUGUCAAAACUCAUAAUUUACUACUUUGUAUGUACCUUUCUCUCUCCUGACAAAUGAGGUUAUUUUAUAUGUCAGUCUGAGAGUACAGUAAAUGUUUUUAGUACAUAAUAAUUUAACUGUUUCAGGCUAUUUAAACAAAGAUAUUAUCAAGGGUUUCGGACAAAUAUAUAAGAGCCACUUUUUUGUCAUUCAAAAUAGUAAGUUAAAAACAAGAAAACAAAGCAAACAAAAAAUAGUUAAAAUCUUUUUUUUAUUUUUCAAACUUUGUAAUGUUAUGCUUUUAAAUAAAAAAUGUAUCUUAAAAUUAUACAACCA